GUCUCACGUCGUUCUCUUCGUACCGGCGGGACGGUCGUUUUAAUUUAAAUUCUCUACCGUCUUCGACAAAUAUAGUUCUCGAUCGUUCCGUCGAGUGUCUUUUUCCAUCACGAUUUCAUCGCGCGUUACAUCAUUCCUUGCGCUGUUUCUUAUCUUUGGAAUGCAAUUUCGCGUGUCCGUACGACUUCUGGUGUUCCGCUGAGAAUCGUCUGUCUCUGACAAAGUAUAAUUACACGGGAAUACGACGACACAGGUUCGGCAACUGGGCAUGCUACUGGCAAACGUGGAGAGGGCUUGUCUGUUACUAACGGCGAUCCACAUUUUACUCGAUAAGGGCGCCUACGCCGAGACAUUCACCCUCGGGUACAUCACCGGUUCGAAAAGACGUCCAGGCGACUUGGAGUAUCAGCGUCCUGGUUACCGGAUAUCCGGCGCCAUAUCGCUCGCCGUGGAGGAGGUGAACGCAGGUGAGCUCGGUCGACGCGGACACAAGCUCGACUUCCUGGUCGCGGAAACUUAUGGCGAAGAGGAGACCAGCAUCCUGAUGACCGCCGAUCUCUGGACGAAGAAUAUCAGCGUUUACAUAGGACCCCAGGAAACUUGCAUCCACGAGGGCAGAAUGGCGGCGGCGUUCAACCUUCCAAUGAUAUCUUACUUUUGUACUCAUCGCGAAUCGUCCGACAAAAAGGAAUUCCCCACGUUCGCGAGAACCAGACCACCCGAUACGCAAAUCUCCAAGUCCGUCGUUUCCGUGCUGAUGGCAUUUAACUGGACGAAAGUGACGUUCAUGUACAUGAACUCGACCCUGUUCGAAUUUAACAAGAUGUCAACGAUCGCGGAGACGAUUCUAUCGUCGUUCGACUCUGCAGGUGUGACGGUGAACUUUCUUCGUUGUUGGGAAGAACCAUAUCACGUCACGCAUAUGACUAAUCCGUUCCACAAACACGUCAGUGAAACAUAUCGGGAAACGCGAAUUUACGUGAUUCUAGGGAAUUACUAUGAACACAUGGGACUGCUGAUGGCUCUGGACGAAAGGAAGCUCUUGGAAAAAGGCGAGUACUGGGUGGUCGGUGUCGAUAUCGAGCAAUACGACGAGAAACGACCGGACAAAUACUUCCGUGGUUUAUGGCAGAAGAAGACCAACUCGUCGAUCCUGAAAGCGUAUCGCAGCUACUUCAGCGUGGUAGCUAGCGCUCCAAUUUACUCGAAGAAUUUUACACGAAUGGUGAAUCAGUACAGGCAAAAGCAUCCAUUUUAUUUCACCAAUCCACUGGCGAACAUGGGUGGAAUUAUUCAGAUCGUGCCAGAAACGGCGUAUCUGUACGACGCGGUGCAUCUGUACGAAAGAUCGCUGCUAAAAGCUCUGGACGAGAAUCGAGACCCUCGAAACGGUCGUGAAAUGGUGGCGACUCUUUACGGCGUUCACUAUCGAAGCGCCAUGGGAUACAUGGUCUACAUGGACGAAAACGGAGACGCUGAAGGCAAUUACACUCUGAUUGCUCUGGACAAUCGACCGACAAAGGGACACGGUUUAUACCCUAUAGCUUACUUUGUGGGAAAAGAGAACGGCACGAAUCUGCCAAAACUUCGAUUGACAAGGGAUAUUUCGUGGAUCGGUGACGGGCCGCCCAUCGCCGAGCCUCAUUGCGGUUACCACGGUGAAAAAUGCACUUCUCACACGGGAGAAAUCAUGGGCGGUAUAGCCGGUGGAUUUCUGUUGAUUAUCAUGGCGGUGCUACUGGUGCUAUACAGAAACUGGAAGUACGAGCAGGAACUGGAUUCCCUACUCUGGAAGGUGAACUACAAAGACAUUCAGAUCAAAGAGAAGAAAGACGAGUCGUCGGGAGCCAAUGAGGCGCCUACCAAAUGCAAUUCCAAGACAACGACGCAGCCUAUUGUGAGAACCAGCCAAGUUUCUCUCAGCUCGAACCCAGAUGCUGAUUUUCGUUACUCGAUGAUUUACACGCAAAUUGGUGUUUAUAAGGGGCGGAUAUUCGCCGUAAAGAAAGUUCGGAAGAAAUCGAUCGAAAUUACACGGGAGAUGAAGAAAGAGCUGAAAGUGAUGCGAGACUUGCGACACGAUAAUUUGAACGCUUUCAUCGGAGCCUGUACCGAUCCACCGAACAUAUGCAUCGUCGUGGAGUAUUGUGCUCGUGGCAGUCUCAAGGAUAUCUUGGAGAACGAGGACAUGAAGCUGGAUAAUAUGUUCAUGGCGUCCUUAGUCGGAGAUAUAAUCAGGGGGAUGAUCUAUCUGCACGAGUCCGUCAUAAAAUUUCACGGUUCGCUGAGUACGUCGAACUGCUUGGUGGAUUCUCGAUGGGUUGUAAAGCUGGCGGACUUUGGAUUGCACGAAUUCAAGAAGGACGCCGAGUGUGAGCCGUGUGACGUCAUGAAGAAGUAUCACGGUUUGCUAUAUCGAGCACCCGAAUUAUUACGAUCGACGAAAAGCCAAGAGCCAGUCGUGCGAGAUUAUCAAAGAGGAGACGUUUAUUCUUUCGCUAUAGUGUUGUACGAACUUCAAGGGAGACACGGUCCUUUUGGAAUCACGGAAUUAACCCCUUCGGAGAUAUUGAAGAAAGUAAUCGCGAGAGAACCGGAUACAGAACCGUUCAGACCACCGUUGAACCAGUUGGAGAACUGUUUCCAUUUCGUGCGCGCUUGUCUGAUGGAGUGCUGGGCCGAGGAUCCUGAGACUCGACCAGACUUCAAGAUCGUUAGAAACAAACUGAGACCUUUGAGAAAGGGCAUGAAGCCAAACAUAUUUGACAACAUGAUGGCCAUGAUGGAGAAAUACGCGAAUAAUCUGGAAGCGCUGGUCGACGAACGAACGGACCAAUUAACGGAGGAGAAGAAAAAGACAGACGCGUUGCUGUACGAAAUGCUACCGCGUUACGUGGCAGAGCAAUUGAAACGGGGACACAAAGUUGAAGCUGAAAGCUUCGAUAGCGUUACAAUUUACUUCAGCGACAUUGUCGGCUUCACCGCCAUGUCUGCCGAAAGCACACCAUUGCAGGUAGUAGAUUUUCUGAACGAUUUGUACACCUGUUUCGAUUCGACGAUAGAAAAUUACGACGUCUAUAAAGUGGAAACUAUCGGUGAUGCUUACAUGGUGGUAAGCGGUUUACCAAUUCGAAACGGUAUUCAGCACGCAGGAGAAAUAGCUAGUAUGUCCUUGUGCCUCCUAGAAGCCGUAAAACAAUUUACAAUUCGACACAGGCCGCUGGAUAAGCUGCAACUACGAAUUGGCAUACAUUCCGGUCCCGUGUGCGCCGGUGUGGUCGGCCUAAAAAUGCCACGUUAUUGUCUAUUUGGUGAUACCGUGAACACUGCUAGCCGCAUGGAAUCCACUGGAUCUGCUUUAAAAAUCCACUGCAGCAGAGAAACGAAGGAACUUCUGGACCAAGUUGGAGGUUUCAAAAUAGUAGAAAGAGGGUUGGUCUCCAUGAAGGGCAAGGGCGAGCGUUUAACCUACUGGCUGAUCGGCGAAGACCCGAUCCUGCGAGAAGAACGAAGCAGGGAACGGGAGAAUCGAAGAAACGGUUACGCCAGAAACAAUUCCAACCCUCUGAUACCACGAAGCUCUCUUAAAAACAAAUCUCUCGUAAGAUCAACCUUCAUGAGGUGCUCGAGCGAAUCACCAAAACGAUUACGCUUUGCCAGCUCGGAUCAACUGAACCAGAAGUGUUCUGGAGCGAACAGUCAGCUAGAGUCUAUCGUCGACAACAGUCCGUGCAAGCCGAAAAGAUCUUGCUCGACGAGGCAUUCGUGCGUGGAUAACUGGAGAUCCUCCAGCAACUCGUGUCCGUGCGUGGAGAAAUUGUGCGAACAAGAAACGCAAAUCGACGUGAAAGAUCUAACGCGGCAUCGAUCUGACGCGAACAAUUCGCCGCUACGAUCGAACUGGACGAUCGGUAACGAGCCUUAUUUCCCGCGUGCAGGGGUCAAGAACUUUCGGCUUGGGCCGGUCGGGAUCGCGCAGACAACCUGCAGAUCCGCGCCCAGCAGCCCGAGGCACAGUACUCUGAUCUUAAAUUGUCAGAAACGAGCGGCGCAGUCGAACGAGGAGAUAGACGGAUGGGACGCUACCACGCCACUGAUUUAUUAUCCGGGAGGACGAUUGGAUUAAGGAGCUGCCUGCCUGGCCACGAGUGCAGCUCCUAUCUCGAGUCGGUUUGGAGCGCGCGAUGUCAACGCAACAUCGAGGUGAUUUAGUCGUCGAGGAUCGAAUCAGUGCUCGAUUAUAUGUAUAUCGAAGUUUUGAUUGUUCGUGUUGAGAGACGGGAGCGAUGAAAGAUCGAAGAGUUAAGGUGAAGAGUUCAAGUGAGAGUAAAGUUUGAUUGGUGCGAUUAAUUUAAUGGGGAACCAUGGUUGUUUUCGAUGAAUGAAAGUCGUCGUGCGAAGCUCGAAUGGCUGAACAGCGCGAUGCUUCGAUAAUUGCGGAAACUCGAAGGAUAAGGAGGUGGCUGUCAGAAGUUCAGGCUGAAAGCGCGAAGAGUAUCGAUUGGCAGCAGCAUGCUCUCAAUAUAGCGUUCGAGUAUCGACGAUCUUCUCCCUGAAGUUACUCUGCCAUGUUGCUUAGGUGAGCGGGAGGGAGGCGGUGCUGACCGGUGGCGGC